AUGCUUGUUGCUGCAUCCAAGGCGACAGCAGCACUGCUAGCAACCCUCAUCACUCUCACGCCCACAGCAGCCGCUUGCUUCGCACCAUGGUCAGCCGAAGCAGCUUCCACGAAGUUCCCAUGCGAGGACGUGGAGCAGUACUAUGCAGGGACGCAGGGGCUGAAGGGGGAGGCUCUUAAGGCGAAGCUGAACGACAUUAUAAAGGGUCACAAAGUGUACACCUACACCGAGGCAUGGGAUGCUCUGAAGAUUCUUGAUGCAGCGGACCAAUCAGAUCCUGCUAAAUCCCGUGACGUUGUGGAGAUCUACACGCGUAGGGCAGUGCCCAAGGACACACAAGCCACGCCUGAAGGCUGGAACAUCAACUCCGCCCGAGGCAACAAGUGGUUCGGCGAAUGCGCGUCCACUGAUGGUGCCUGUAUGGUGCCGGCCAACAGGGAGGCAGCAGCAGAUACCGCCACCAACAAGGACGUCUGGACUCCUCCCACUGAGCCGAAGGCCAGAUGGGGCUGCUCUCACCUCUCCUCAAGUGGCAUGCCAUUGACCCGCCCUCUAACCAACCCACCACCGUUCUCUAUCCCUCCCUACCUCGCUUGCAUCCGAAUCCCUGCAGCCGAGGGUCAGAUGGGGCUGCUCUCACCUCUCCUCAAGUGGCAUGCCAUCGACCCGCCUUCAUCCCUUGAGACCACGCGCAACGCCCGCGUGUGCUCCCUCUACCAGCACAACCGCAACCCCUUCGUCGACCACCCUGAGUUCGUCUCCCUCAUCUGGACCGCCGGGCCAGCCUCGGCACCAGCCGUAGGCUCGGGGGCAGACUUGGGCGCAGGCUCGGGGAGCGGAUUCAGCUUGCCGGGAGCAGCACCGCCAGUGGGAGCGCCGGGGGAGGCUUGGGAGCAGCAGCAGGGGGGGCGAGCGGGGUGGCUGCUCCACGCGCGCCUGCCUUUCUUCUUGCUCUUUCCACCUGAAGCCCCCCUCACUCCCAAUCACCCUGCUUACUCCCUCGAACCCUACCUUUCUCCAAACCCAGAUCCCCACAGGCACGUUUGGUCCAAAGCCACUGCGACAUUCCUCAUUUGUCUCUUUGCACCCCUGUCUUCGUUUCCCCCCUCCCUCACCGACGCUCCAAUGCAGUUCAUCGAGGUGGUUGUGAGUCCGGGCGUGGACCCCUCCACCCUCACCAUCUACCUCUACAACGGAGCUAACGGGAAGACCUACGGCAAGCUUCCUCUCUCCAAGUUCAACCUUCCUCCCACCAACGUGAACGGCUUCGUGGUGUAUGGCAACACGUACGCUCAGGGAGGCCUGCAGAACGGGCCAUCAGAUGGCAUGGCGCUAGUUUCACAGCCGGCAAAUGGCAAUGCCACAGUGAUUCAAUUCCUGUCGUACGAUGGCGAGCUGGUUGCCGUGGAUGGGCCAGCCAAGGGUUUUAAGUCGACGGAUAUUGGAGUGAAGGAGACGGAUAACUCGCCGGCUGAGAGUGCUCUUGGGCUGAUUGGGGUGGGGAAGAAGUACGAGGACUUCAAGUGGUCCAAGUUCAACAAGAAUGCGUCACCUGGCCCGGUGCCUUUUGCUGUCACCUCCACCAACCUCCCGAGAAUGCUGCCCGCGGUGCUCCCUCCCAACCACCAAAUUCUCGAGUCUUUCACGAAGUCAGUUUUUAUUCGACGACUUAAGAGUACCAGAACCCUAGCUGCGUGGGAGGAGGAUAACCAUGUAGGGGAGCAGGAGCGGCGAAGACCGUCCAAGGAACGGGAAGCAAAGCCGACGAGAAAAAAGAAAGAGAGCGGCGGUAGCAGCAGCAGCAGUGGUAAGAAGGUUGAGUCGAAUGGACCGACAAUACCCGAGGAGUUUAUGUGUCCGCUUUCGUUAACCGUCAUGACUGACCCCGUUAUAAUCGCAUCAGGCCAGACGUACGAGCGUGCUUCUAUCGAGCGGUGGUUCGCGGAGGGUAAGCGGACGUGCCCCAAGUCCGGCGUGCGGAUUGACCAUACAAACUUCUGCCCGAACUUUGCCCUAAAAAGCAUGAUCUCUGAUUGGAUGGCGCAAGGUUCGGGCAGCCACUCUUCAGCUGCUCGACCCAGCACUGCCCCAGCGAAAAAAACCGCGGUAAAAAGCUCCUCGAAAACCAGCCAGUUGCGGCCGAAAACACCACCUCCUCCUUCGCUAUUGGCGCAGUCUCAGUCGGAGCGCGGUCCAGACGAUCAGGAGUUCGAACGUUCUUCCGAUGGAGUAGUGCGGAAGAAAAAAGUGGUCAAGAAGAAGAGUGCGGAUGGUGGAGAGGAGAGCAAGGGAGAGAGAGGGCGGAAGGCGUCAGGCUCGGGAAGUGGUUCGGACGCCGGUGGAAAGGCUCGGGCGAGGUCCGUCAGCCCUCUGCCGUCGAACCUGUCGAAGAAAGUGGCGGCGAUGGGCGAUGGUCCGGGAGUUGACGGGCCGACGGAUAUUAAAGCCGUAUGGGAUUCUAUAGCGUCGCAGAGCAGCAAGCCUAAGAAGGCAGGAGGUUUGCAGCGGCAUUUAUCGUACUUUCCUCGCGGUGAAGAUGGGUUCGGAUCUCCCGCCGACGACGACGAUGACGUAGGGGGGAAGCUUUCUGGCGGAAUGUCCGCGCUCAAGUUCGGCCGCGCCGGCGGCGGCGGCGGCGGGGGUGGCGGUCCGGGGAAGGUAUCCGAUCUGAUGAAGGGGAGGAGUAUGAAGAUGACGCGGAAGCAGCGAGAUAAGCUACUAUCGGACAUAGGAUCGGAUGGAGUUAGAGGCGGCGGGGGCCUAAGGAUGCCUGCCGAUGCGCCGUCGUCGGGCGACGCGGACGAGGCGGCGCCGCCUUCUCUGCGCAGCGGCGCGAAGAUGCGGUCCCAGACAGAUACGGGCAGGAAGGUGAAGAAAUCUGAAAGAGACGCGGAUAGGGCGGCAGGCGGGGGAGGGGGGAGAGGGGACGAGGAAUACGGCGGGCACGGGGAGCACCUGGCGCCAGCGGGGAGAACUUUGGCGGGGGGAGGCGGAGGCGGAGCAGGCGCGAGCAUGUCCCCGCUGCCCCAGCGGCCGGGGUCGGUGGGGCACGGGCGUGUGCCUAGUAUUAGCAGCAACAGCAGCGGGAGCAGCACGGGGGGCCGACGCCACUUCGGUAUGGAUUCCACUGACGGCAGCAGCAUGGGCGGCGCGAGCAGCGCCAGCGGCGGCAGGCGGCAGUUCGCCGCGAAUCCCGGCGACGAGCGGCCCAGAACCUCGGGCGCCGCGUUCGGCGGGGAGUACGGGCAGGGGGGCGGAGGCGGGGGGGAGCCAUGGAGGGGCGCAGGGUCGGGGAUGGCACCCAGCGGCAGCACCGGGGGCAGGCCCAAGGGGCUGCGGAAAGGCGUGCUUAAAAGCGCUGCUGGCGCUGCUGCUGCUGCUGCUGGCGGCGGCGGCGGUGGCGGCGGUGGCGGGGGUGGGUAUGGCGGGGGCCAGGGGCAGGGUUUGGAACGGCUGACGUCAUCCAUCCCGCAAUGGCAGGCGGAUAUCGAGGCCAUGUCGGCCGGCAGAACGUUCCGAAAGUCGCCGACCAACCCCUCGCCCCACUUGCACGACGUGGACGUGGAAAGUACAUCAUCGGCCGGCAGGGCUUUCAGAAAAUCAACCACAAACCCCACAAUGCAAGAUGUAGACAUGGGGUAUGGUCAUGCCACUCCCCCCAUGACCCCUCCCCCUCAGUUCCCCCCCCAGCCGCCGCAGGGGCCUUCUGCUACGGGCGGAGGCGGUGUUCCUGGUGUGCCGCGGCUGCAGAGAAACAGCAGCGCGCGCAGCACGUGCAGCAUGAUGAGCAUGCCAGGCGGCAGCAAUGAUGACCCGGGCGGCGCGCCGGUUCGGCGGGACAUGGGCCCGAUGGUGGAGGCGCUGAAUUUCGGGUCAGGUGUGGACCGGCGGGCAGCCGUGCGAGACAUCCGAACUGCCAUCAAGGGCUGCCCGGAAAACAAAGCGCAGCUGGUGCAACUAGGGGGGAUCGAGCCGCUAGUGGAAGUAAUCGAAUCAGACGACUUAGAAGCAGCAGAGCAUGCCGUUGCUGCUCUCAUGAACCUAUCCCUCCACUGGAACGCAUCAGGGGAGAUUGUGCGAGCAGGCGGGAUACCAGCGCUGGUCGGAAUGCUCAAUCACGGCACGUCGGCCUCGCAAGGCAAUGCUGCCGCCACCCUGUUUGCUCUCUCCAAGGAGGACGAUCACAAACUGAUGGUUCGAGCUUCCGGUGCCAUCCCUGCGCUCAUCUCGCUCCUCAAAACCGGCACGGUGCGAGCAAAGAAAGACGCGGCACUUGCUCUCUUCACUCUCUCUACCCAGGUGCGCUGCGCCCGGGAUAUCCUCAAGGCCGGAGCUGUCGAGGUUUUGCUAGGCAUGUGUGGUUCGGGGGACUCCGCCGACCCUCCCCCGCCAGGCUUGGAAGAGAAAGCCACGGCGGUGCUCUCGAACCUCGCCCGGUUCCCGGAAGGGUGCCAAUCCGUGGUGGAAUCUGAUGGACUCACCAUGUUUGUGGAUCUUCUCGAUGAGGGGUCGUCGGCGCGAGUGAAGGAGGAUGCGGCGUCGGUGCUGCUACAGCUGGCGGCCAUGGGGUUUGUGACGUACGGGGAUCUGCUCGCGGAGGGCGUGCUGCCGUCGCUGGUGCGCGUGUCGCAGACGAGUGCCGAGAACUCCGAGGCCAAGACGCUGCUGCAGAUCCUGCGGCAGCACUGCGCGGAGAACAAGCGGUGA